GUACCUGAAAUGCGGGCAUUUUGAUGUAGCAUGUAGCCGGAGGAAGUUACGUAGCCGCCAUUAUCUAUAUUUCUAUGUUUAUUAAAGAGACAGCUAAUCUAGCUGAUAAUUAACUUUCCUUUGUUGAUCCACUGCAAAUAUCAAUAAAUACCUAAUCGGGAAAAUUAUCAUCUGCUAAAAAUUCCUGAAACCCAUCGCCCGGAUGAAAGAUGAUAGAUCAUCAAAAUUCCAAACAAAACGUGUCACUUCUACUUGGCCCUAAGCGUGAUGACGUCAUAAUAGGUGCGGUGCAUAUAGAGCACACUCCGGACGUGUGGAAACAGUUUAUGCACGUUUUUCGGCUGGUAAAUAACGACAAAAGAAUCCAACGUUUGAUACCUUAACUUCGCUGUCAAAACCCACUAUCAGCGCCUGAAAUCAAAGCUCUGUCUGCCCAGUUUAGCUUUGAAUUCCGUAACUUGUACAAGUUGACGGUCUAUUUUGGAAGAUGGCAAAUGAUUUGCGCAUUGUGUUCUUGACUGGAUCCAUAUUCCUUCUGUUCUUCUGUUGUGGUGAGUUCAAAUUCGCUUCAUGCACUUAAGUCUAGCUUUGAUUGAUUCGACUGAUUUAACUUUUGCGAGAGUCUCUACAUAAUUUUGUCCCCGAUAUUGCGAAAAUUAUAAGGAGAUGAUUGCAGUCCCGGGUGAACUUCGAACGAGGAACUUUUAUAUAUUUGUGUUGAUAUUAGGAUUUAUUAUUUACGCACGUUGACACAUGCCGGCAAAUUCAAGUGAACAAGUAAAAACGCCUCCCGCGUAAAACUGAUUCUGUCUCAACAAUCUCCAAUACCAAACCGAUAAUUUUCACAAUGAAGCAGUCUCCACCGAGAUAAUUUGACAGGAUCAACGGGUACGAGAUCUCAAAAUCAUUGUAUGGGUAAUUUCGAUUGGAAAAGAGAAAGCGACCCUCCCGUUGGUAUAACUGGGGUAAAAUGUUCAAUUUUACGAUUUUCCUGCCGUCGAGCUGAGGGGACGAAACAAGAAACUCAUCUUCAAGUUUACUGUUUCAUAAGAACUUGACCGAAGAGGAGACGUGUCGCUUCUUCCAGGGGGGGGAAGGGUAUGCGGGGGUCUGUUUUUACUCGAGAAAGGAAAGUACAGUUUCGGUAUAUGUAAUUGUAAAUCCCGCUGGUGGAGUGUGAAAUUGUUUACUAGAAAUUUUAAGCUUCUCAGUCUUUUUUGGAUUUUCAAUAUUAAAUCAAAUCAUAUCAGGACAAUUACAUCGUCAAAGAAAACUAUUUUCAGCAGGGGUAUACUUCCUAUAAGUGUAUGGAUUUUUGACUUGACCUUGUCACAGACGGGGUCAGCAAGUCUUAUCCAAUCUGCACUGGCUUUAUUCCACCAGCGAGUCCAUAAAAUGAUGUGCAUGCCAACCAUACAUCAUUUUCACUGCAUUUUUACCAGUGAAAACGUUUUUCUGCCUGUCAUUUAAGUACAGAAGGGCUAGCUUGCGUGCAAGUCCUCUUCCCUGUACGGAAACAAGAGAAUUUUUGAAGUCAUGAACAAGUCGGAGUAACUUCCUGUUUUGACCUCGAGAUAAUUACCAUGCGAGCGAUUGAGUCCAAUGUCUGAUGGCGUCCUUCGUUUACCCCCACCGAAGACAGCUGCCGUCUGACACAGGGGUCGUUUUCUCUGGCUACUUUAUUGAUACUUAAUUUCGCUGGUCUUUAAUUUCGUGUUUUUCACAAUUGUGAAAAAAUCGCGAAAUUUAAUGCCCAUCUAGAAAAUCACGAGACAGUGGAUAUGUAUGGACAAACACAAAUAGCUAACUGGUUUAACUGGAGUUCCAUUUUGUAUCUUCAGUUGAGAAAUACUUCACGUUAGUUUGCAAAGAUUUCACACAUUUCUUGUUCAUUAAGGGUUCAGACUUUAAAAACUAAAAUGAAGUUGAGAACGCUUAAAUCGCGAAAUUUAAUGCCCUUUCUUUCUAUUUGCAUGUUAAAAUUGCGGAAAUAAAACACCACGAAAUACUUUCUCGCCAAAACCGCGAAAUUUAGUACCAAUAUAAGGAAUACAAAGGUCAAAAUGUGUGGCAAAUGCUUUCAUUAUUAAUCAUAUUUCGCCGUUGUGGAAUAUGGUUCAAGGGAAAUAUUGAAUGUUCUUGAUGUCGAGUAGAAACUCCGGCUAGUUGUUAUCUCAGUUUUCCCGGCGCUCGAUCGCUGAUCUUAUGUUAAAAUGAGCUCGUAAACGCUCGCUACAGACUCUCCAGUUGGGCCCCAGUUCUUUAUCGUCUCGGUCACCAAUGGUUGAACUCCUUGAACAGGCUAGUUUUACUGUUAAAAAUAUGACUUCUACACUUCUAAAUUUAAGCAACUUAGACAUAAGCAAACUAAUCCUUAUUAACUCACAACGGGAUUUAGUGUAUUUUAGUGUUGAAAAAAUGCUUCUUUUGUUUGAGAUGAGCGUGAACAGGAAAGAAUGAAGAUAGCUGGUUUUAAAACAAACAAAGGAUUAAAUUUCUGCUGUAGAUGGGGGACAGACCUUGUUUGGCUACAUGUGGAAGUGUGCACUUUGACUGAGCCACCACUCCUCUGAGAGAGGGGGACGCGUUGUUUUGUACUAAGAGGGGAUCUGCUGACCCAAACCCCUAGUCUUAGAUUAAAUUUGUGCAUAUCCUCAACAAACAAUUGUACCCCUGCUUCAUGCUUCAUGCAUUUUGGCUCAUACGUUAGCUUUUCUCUCUCUGUUUUCUUCGCUUUAAUUCGUAAAAACCCUACCCUUUUGUGCUCCUCUAGGGCGAUAAAGGAACCUCUUUCGGGCAGAGUAUUUUCAGGGAGCACCCCCCGGACCCCCGGCCACCCAAGGAUUCUCUAUGAGUAAGAUCAGUAAGAUGCAUUUCGGGUACGCAAAAGUGGGUAAAAAUCGGGCCGCAUAAACGUCUUGUAACUAUAACAACUUAAUGGUCCUUUGAUACAAAUGAUUCAAGGUAUGCAAAUGAUGGCUUUAAAAUUUGAUAUAUCAUUUUGAAUAGAGCUGUGAAUGCUACUUCGAAUUUGAACGUUCCUCUUCUAGAACGGAGAAAUUUGGGCUUGAUUUCCGCCGCUCUCUCGUUCCUGUUCGGGGAAGGCGCGUGCUGGCGGUAAUCGAGCCUGCGUGGGUAUAUGCGGUCAUAUUACAGGGUGUCGUCAUUGCUAGGCGUGUUUGGUUUCCUGUAAAUACCGAUUACCAAGUCAUUCGGUUUUUAUACCGUGGAAUAGGGUAUUCCACAUAUCCGAAGUUACUGUACUCUUGUAUUUUGGCUUAACUACCGUGUAUGCUUUCUAGAAGAACCAUUUCUGUCAUGAAUUCGGUCUGAAAUAGGUGAUUUGUUUGUGGGAUUCGUUUCUACACGCUUAAGCGUGUUUACAACUAAGAAUAUUCAAAGUCAAGGGGCACCCAACGAGAAUAUAGUUUAAAACCACUUAAACAUAGCAUUGUUAAACGUAUUUUAGUAUUUAAACGGUAGAUAUAGGCAUAUUUUUAUCCCCUAAAAAUUUUUCAUCUGUUCGGAUUUCCUAGCUGAAAGUCCAGUUAUGCGAAAACUAUAGGGAUCAAAACUUACCUUUUCGAAAAUUUCAGCCAGAAGAAAGGCUCCCGAAAAUUCUAGGUGACCUUUUUAGGGUAAAAAUCCGUUAAAAAUAGGCAAUUAUACCAUUUUUUAGAUGUUCGAAAAUCCUAGGAGAGGCAGGCAAGCAAGAAAUUUUACAACAAAUGUUUCGAAAAUUCUAGAUCUCAAAUCGUCUUCCGAACAGAUAUUCUUCCGAAAAGUGUCGUUGGGUGCCCCUGAAAGUCUGACGUUGCAACCUUUGCCUGACCCAUCGCGGUACGGAAACUACUUGUGUUUUCGCCAAAAUUCAUGCAGUAGAUCAUAUUAUUUUCUAUGGAUAAGAGGUAUUUGAAUGAUUUUGCCUGGUAUGGGUGUCUCCAGUUCAGAUGUUCAUUAAGAUAAAAAUAUAUGAUUCUUGCGGGUUUCUACAUGUUAUUAUAUUUUGAAAUUGUCCUUUGGAUUCUCUGGUCACGUUCAUGAUCGAUUGACGGAAAAAGUUUAAACAAUUUGACAAAGAAGGUUCACAUUUUCUGCAAACCGGCUACUGGACAUGAUACGUUUCCUUUCUCCAAGGAUCAUAUUUCAUGAUGCUUAGAGCAAGCCGUAGAUUGUGGCUUCGCCUACUCCAACGCGUGCGUAGUCCUAUUCUAACAAAAUGGAUCGUCGCUCAGUUGUCUACAGUCAUAACGAUUUAGUUUCGAAAGUGAACAGGUUGCUCCGUCUGGUCGCAUUAUAGUCAAAGGCCGUAUUGAAGCGCCCGCUAACAUUACUUUUUGGGAGCGGAUCUCGGGUGGAGGGAAGUGUUCGACUUCCUUGGCUGUCCGUGCACACCCUUCUUACCCCAGUUUAGCCUACGAGCAUGCUCUUCAACUGGGGAAAUCGCGAUUGCGGAAUAAAUGGAGAGCGGACUCGCAUGCUUAACCCCAUUUACACUUUCCCCUUAUUACUCAAUCCUUCCUUCUCUAAAUUUAUAUUAACAUUGUUGGUUAAAGAGAUUGCUGCUUUACACCUGCUUCUUGGGCAUUCGUAACGUUUUAGUAAACGUUGAUCUAGGGUCCCCCGGCAACAACCAUCUUUGACCAAUAAGCGGUGGACACUGGUCUACCUGAUACGAUAAGACUGAGCUGCAAAUCAUUAGUUAAGAAAGGGUAGUGGAAAAAGCUCAUCGUCAGGGUCGGGGCACGUGCUCCAAAGUAGUGGUAUUCAGACGGCUAACGGGGCAAACGGACGCAACCUUGUUGGCCAACAACUCGCAAGAUAUAGCUUCGCAAAGUUGUGGAAAUGUACAGACGUUUGCAUGGUGAGGGGCAAGUUUUUUGCCCCCCACCAUACACAAGUGUUUGUAAAAUUUCGCGUCUUUGAGAAGCUAUAUCCUCGUUAGUUUUUAACAAAUCACUUUCAAACUUGGCAGUUUUACUAGUUAAAGGCGCCCUUUCCAGUGAUGUCCACGGAUGUUUCCCUAACUUGUCCAUAUCAAAGUUUAAAACCGUAGAAGGGUCUAUUUUAGGGCGGUUACCAUAAGUCAGAAUCCGGUCCAGUUGUAAUGAGAAAUUCACUUUUAAUCAGGACUGACCAACUAGACCCGGAUAGUCUAUUUCUAGAUAGUCUGCAUGGAAGUGAUAGUUUUUUCAGCAAUAUCUCGUGAAAAAUAAUCUUUUCUAUUUUCAACAUUACCUGUCCGACCGGUCAGUUCUGACUUUUCGUAAACGUCGAGAAUUUUAUUCAGGCUUUGGUUCUGUUCAUUCUUAAUUCCUUACUCUCCUCUGUCGACAGUACACUCGCUGAAAUGCUACACGUGCAAAGCAACUUCUGCAGAAGAAUGUUCAGCGAGCCAAAAUGUUACAACAUGUGACGAUAGACUGAGGUGUGCUAUACUAACGUAUGAUGACCAUGGUUUCCAGUACUUAAAGGAUUGUUUAUGGGCUACCUAUUGUGACGUGAGGAAAGAUCUUACCAAUUGCACUACACAGGUCUGUAAUGAGGAUUACUGCAACGGUCCACCUCCCCCGACAACAGCUGUAAAGCCAAGCGCUGCUGGACCCAAUCCAAACACAACUCCCACCACCACAGAGCCGGAUGAGACCGGAGCACCGCCCUGUCCACGUUCCCAUGCCAACAGAAGCCUUACGUGGAGCCUCUAUGGAAUGUUAGUGUCUGUGCUUGCUAUUGGCAAAAUGGUGGAAACUUGUAAUGUUAGUUGAGAACUAGUUAGCAGAUGUUUAUGUUAAGAAAUGACAUCCCAGCAAAUAAGGCACCAUUUGUUUGUUAAUAUCAGAUUGCCGCAAUUUAAUGUACUGUGCAUUCGCAGUGAGCCUCGCCUGUAAGAUAAUCUGAGAGCACCCCUUCGUUUUCGUGUUUUUGUCUUCCUAGGUGUGUAGCGCAGUGGUUAUUCUUACCUGCAGCACGAUUUUUUGUUUUCCUACCAUUUGAACUACAGUCGAACCCCGCUUUACGGACACCCACUUAAUACGGACACCUCAUUAUUACAGACAGUUUGCUGUGUCCCUGGGGAAAGAAAGCCCUCGCAUUUUCCCUAAAUUCAUCCCGCUUAAUACGUACACCCCGUUAAUAUGGACACUAUCUAUGCCCCCUCAAUGUCCGUAUUAAGGGGGCUUGACUGUAGUUUAAAAGGGUCCGUGCAAAAUUCCAUGACAUCCCUGGGACAUGGGACAAAACUCGGGACGACAACGUGAUGCUAUUUGCCCCUCCACUCCCCCGAGAAAAAAGAAAAGAAUGUCAUGUUACCGAGAUAUAAUUUUCCAUGGUUUCAAUGACUUUUCCUUUUUUACAAGCCAGACAGAUUUCCAGAAUUUCCAUGACCCAUACAAACCCUGUUAUUUCUUGUGAGUUCAACUAGUCUUUUUUGUGUAGUUUCUAUUUUCCUGGAUCUGGAGAUCAGUUACAUCGUUUAAGUCGGCCGGUUAUACUCCCAAAAGUGGCCAGAGGGCAAAAUCAUUUACACCUUCUAAAAGCAAUGUAUCUGUCGAAGCAUUGAUGCCUUUAUUAUUAUUAUACUUUGAAUGGAUGUUCUGUAUAUAGUAAUUUUCUAGAAGAGUAGCUAGCUCAGGGCAAUUAUUAUAAAUAAAUUUAGGUUUCCGGGAAACUGACCACCUACCCCUACCCUAAGCCAACAUUUUGCCCUAAGUGAGAAGUAAGUGUUAAUGUUAGCUUAGGGGAGGGGUAGGUGGUCAGUUUCCCAGAAACCUAAAUACCCCCGGUGAGGAGGAGGGUAUUCCCUUAUAUGUGCUACGCGGGUAUGUGCCGCUCAGCAGAAUACUUAAUCUGCCGCCCUGACUCUGGAACGUGGUAUAAAAAUCACCUUUUAUAUCUGAAAGAGGGGUACAGUCGACUCUCACUUAUUUAAGGACACCUCUAUAAAAUUGACACCUCUUUAGGACGGACGCCCAGGGUCGGUUAUUUAAACGAAGUCCAACUUAGGCCACGGUUGAGGAAAUCUUUCAACCUCCAGAUCUCGUCCUUGGUGGGUUCUUUUAAGAAGACAAACGCUUUCGUGUCCACUUUAGUACAAAAGAGCGUUCGGCAAACUGAAAAUGGCUUAAAACGCGUCUUUGUUUAACACUGGCUAAACUCCGUUUAAACAACUGACCCCAAGAGUUGGCCCCUUCAUUUCCUUGGGCUCCUGCUUACUCCCUUUAUUUGACUCUCCAUAAGACGGACAUCGCUGUCCCAAAGGUGUCUGUUUUGCAGAGAAUUGACCCUUUUACCGAUACGGCGGCCAUAUUGAAUUAAUUAGAUUUAAGGAGUAUUAUGGGAUGCCCAGGGGGGGCAUUAGCAGGAUCCGAUAUACUCGUUCAGUAUUUACGCGCGCUUUUCGGGCCAAUUUUUCUUUAUGUUUUCCUAGAAAAAGAUUGUAAUGGGAAAAAAGAUCGUUAUGCCGUGUUUGGAUGUAAUAAUGAUCGCCUUUUUCCCGAGAAAUACACAAUGAAGUUCUCUUUUUGCCCGAAAAACGCGCGUUAACACUAGCUAACACUGAGCGAGUGCUUCCUGGGCAUCCCAUAAUACUCCUUAAAUCUAAUAAAUUCAAAAUGGCGGCCUGUAGUUUAAAAGGUCUAUUGACCUUCAUUACUUCAGUUUGAUUCUGGAACAAGGUCGAUUUCUUCUUCCCAAUCCCUCAUUACUCUCGAUCAAGCUUAGGUGCAAAACUACGCUCUGCUCGUCGUUUGAUGAUGGCCGAUCGAUUCCCAUUUAUAGAAUUUUUGUCUGGAACAGGUUCAGAGCUUCAAAGACUCAGCGGCACACCCCCAUGGUAAAUUUAAGGGUGUAUACCUCCCCCGCCCCACCGGGAGGACCACUAACGAGCUCUUUAUCUGCGUCUUAGCCGUUACUGGGAUCAAAAAGGCUGAGAAGGUUCUUGGGCGAAGUUUGACCGCUUUUGUUGCACUUAAUUGAAGUAUUAUUAGAAGAGACGGUGCAACCUCUUAGCCCUGGGAACGAGGUUGAAGACAAUGGCUACUGAGGUUUUUGAUGACUGUUCUGAAAAAUUAGCAAUUAUAUAAUUAGACAACAGACGUUAAUUAAAAUUCUCAAAAAGUUUAAAAAAGAUGAAUGAUACUCACUUCUCUUGACUCUCUUUCACAGUGAACUGUCUCUUUAGUGGGACACUCUGAGGACUUCCUUAAACGGGGCUCUCUCAGGGGCCAAAAACUCACUAACUCACUUUAUCAUGAGUGAACUCUUAAUAUGCGGUAUAUGCUUGUGGGACCAGUG